AAUCAAGACUAAAUAAAUGGACUAAUAAAUUUCAGUUAUACCCUUAAAAGCAAGAUCAAAAUUACUUAUAAUGAAGCCGUCAAGUAUGCUGCUAAAGAUAAAACGCCACCCUGAUGAAUUUAUGAGAGUAUGAUUCUAAUAAAGUUAAACCAUCAUGAUGUACACGCCAAACACUAGCUUCAAGUUGGCAAGUAGUGCCUCUGAACAGAACGUUUACUUCACGUACGUCUGCUUGGUUAAUGAUGUGAUACCAAACAGCAUCUCCAACUGCCAGCCUGGAUCCUAUGGAUAUAUAGAUGGAGACAUCGAAGAGAUCGAUCAAGAAGAAACACCUAUUCAAGUAGAACGGUCUAAAGCAGUUCACGAAUUAGUUGAAAAUAAAGACAAUCAUGCGAAAGACAAUGAUUUUAAUGAAAACGAUCCAAAAACCACAACAACAUCACAGGAUGAUGAAAAUGAACAAUAUGAAACAGAAGAUACCGACGAACUUAAUGGCAAUCCUAACAUUCUCAAAUUGACAAAAAUGAAGUGGUUGAGCGAAGAACAAUGCGUUUCUCCUGAUUCCAGCUCUCCUUCCCUGUCUCCAAAUAUGUCGUCCACGAGCAUUUGCAGCAUAGAAUCUGAAGACCAACUAGACCAGUGUAUCAGCGUGAACGACAAGUACCUAUCCACCAUCCUACGCCUCGAUAGAGAGCACAACAUGUUCGGAUUGUCGAAAAUAGCCAUCGUUGGAUCGCAACCAUCGCGCAAAAUUCGCAAAGAUGACGAUAAGCCUGUGUUCCCUCAAACAGCGAUAGUUCAAAUCUGCUGUGGCAAAGGAUGCUGCAGAAAUAUGAGCAAAACGGACCUGCCGUCUUCUCUCAAGUGUGGUGGCUGCCGCAGCUGUUGCAUUGCUCCAAUCUGCUACGGAGCCUGUUUUCAACCCUGUACUAUCGCUCCUUCAUGCCAAAAAGUGUGCCCAUCACAAUGCAUAGCACCAGAUCGAGAAUGUUGUUGCAAGGCGUGUACUCCAAGGAAAUGUGUCAUAGAUUGCUCUACCUAUUAUGGAAUGAAGGUAGCUGUUCGUCGCAAACCAAAAUACGAGCCUUCACCGGUAGAGCUCACACCUCGCUCCAGCAGCGUCCUGCAAAAGCCGUUCGCAGCCAGGUCUUGUCAUCACAUUCCCCGCUGUGUCCCGCCCUCUGCCGGCUUCCCUUACCUCAUGCCGUGCUUCUGGCCCGCCCGCCCUAGCGCGCCUUGCAGUGUGCCCGCCCGAUGCUUCCACAACCCACCGUGCAUAGCCCCGAGAAAACGUAGACCACCCAAGAUGGCCAAUGACAUCUGUCCUCCUAGAUGCGACGAAACUCAAUCUAAGUGUCAGAACUUCUCAUGUCUCGGGAAAAGUCCAAAAACCAAGGAAGCUUUGGAAAAGAGAUAUGGAGCUACUAAAUAAUGGAGAAUUCAAAGCACCUUAAUUCUGAAAAUGAUCCAAACAAGAAAGUGAACUUGGUUUUCAUCGAUGCAAAUAAGAAGACAAAGAAACACAAGUCAAAUCACAAGAAAAUAGAAUGCGAGUGUGCGCUUCCAAAUUGCGCGAGCUGCUUCGUCGCGAAACCACAAAGUUCAAAAGAGCCAGGAGGUUGAUGCCUAGGGACCCAAUAUUUAGAAAACUUAACGUAUGGCCAAAAGUGAUUCAUGGAAUUCGAAAGAUAUCUGAAUAUUUACCGUAUCUUAUCACACCUACUAUCACACAAAAUUGUAUGGGAAAUGGAAGUAUUUUAAAUAAAUAACAGUGAACAGUUCAGCUUC